ACAGAGUGCAUCCUGUCAGCAGGGGGAGCUGCUUCAUCGACAAUGAACACGAUUCAGAGCCCCGCCUCAAAGCGAGUCGAGCCGCUUCAUGAGCUCAGAGUGACGCCUUCAGUCCGCCGCUCGGCUCGCUUCAUGUCUGACGGUGUCCGCUGUCCGAUCAAAGCUGCAGCUCUGGAAUCUCAGUUUGGAUUGUUUUUUUUAUUAUUUUGUUUUUUGCAGAGUGGAUGGUUUAGAGAUUUUUUUUCUCUAUUUUUGUAGGGUUUCAGGGUUUUGUUUCUCUGCGUGUUGCUGCCUGUGCAGUUUUUGUCUGGAUGACCCAGGACUACCCACAGGCUGCAGUUCCUCCCCCGGCCUGCAGGGUAGUAGCAGAGAGUGAUAGCCAGCCACUGGACAGGCGCAGCAUCGGCAUGAGUGACUUCUGGCACAAGAUGGGCUGCUGUGUGGUGGCUAAACCCCCACCGAAGAAGAAGAGGAGGAAGAUUGAUCGUAGUAUGAUCGGAGAGCCGACAAACUUCAUCCACCUCACACACAUUGGCUCUGGAGAGAUGGCAGAGGGACUGCAGCCGUCGGGGUCGGUUCAGGAGCAGAUGAGGUCUAAAGGCCCGAACAUGAAUGGCAGAAACAGCCUGUUAUAGCCGGAGUUUGCAUAACUGAUAUAGAUAAGCUGACUGACCUUCUAGUUCCUCCUUGAUGACCUUCACUCUCUUCUGAACAACCUUCCUCUCCAGACCCUGACCACCGACAGGAGGAUUCAGCUCCUCCUGUGCCCUGCUUAAGUGUCCUUAAACAAAGCGCUGCACCAGUAGGAAGCUACAGGAGGUGCUGUCCUGACCCAGAAGACCCACAUCUCCCUUUUGAGGAUUUCUUUGAAAGGGGAAAAAGUGUAACUGCCUUGUCCUUGUCUUUUUUUGUGUCUUCAGAAGUAUUUCAAGAACUUCUAUCCAACCUCUGUCCCAACCCGAGAAUCAGUGGCCAUCGUUAAAAACAAAAUAAUUUGGAUGGAGAAUCCUGCCCAGCUUUGGUCUUUUUCCACAUCUCAGAAAAAAUACCCAUGUCCUUCUUUCACCACUAGAGGCAGACAUGAAGAAGCUGAGCCCCAUUAGCAUUAAGUGAAAGCAACAGAUGGCAUCACUGGACUCCGUUUUCUACAAUCCUGUUCUGUUCAGGAUAGAUGACAGAAUGUCUGUAUUUGAGAGAGAAAAACUGGGGGAGAAAGAAGUUGUUUUGUCUUCGAAGUGUUCCUUCAAUGUCUCACAAAAUUUCAGGACAUUCUUGUUAAACCUAACAGUCCAGGAGGCUGUGAACUGUAUUUGGCUUCUAAAGGAUUAUUACACCUUUUUUGUUGUUGUGUUAUUUUGUUCUUUGGACACAUGACACAUGACACCACUGGACAUCAACUACCGGGAUGCCUCACUCAGCCUCACUGCUGGUGCUGAAUAAUUUAAGACUCAUGUUUGAUGAGAAACUCCCCUAAAUGUGUGUGUGUGUGUGUGUGUGUGUGAGAGAGAGAGAGAGAGAGAGAGAGAGAGAGCGACAGAUGCCACCAUUUUAAAUAUAAAUGUUGCUUUGCAGAGGGAACUGGGCACAGUUCAAGAUUUCCUUUAGAAAAUUCCCCAUUUUGUAAAUGUAUAUUUUCACAUACUCACAGAUGAUGUCUGUCAAACUCAUCUUUCUGUUCAUUUGACUGCUAAAGCUUUGGGUUGGGGCCCUGAACUGGUCAACAUAUUUUGGGGCCCCAAGAAGACAGAAGAAGCUUUUAAAUUUUUCACUUCAGAGACAUUUUCAGGUCUUUCAAAAACAUUUGUUGUUGAAAACUUUUGAUGUUGCAUGUGGUGGGAAGAUUAACUAUCACAUUUUCAUCUGCUUUAUUUUAUGAAUAACAGUACAUUUUAUAAGCAAAAGUUGUUUUAAGUUCCCCCCUGUUUUGGGUGAUUUGCUGUUUGAUUUCUCCUGUUCUCAUGUUCUCAGUUUUUUUGUUUUUAUCCCCUCUGGUGAAAGAGGUGCAGGCAACAGAGAGCUGAAGUCAAACUUCAGAUCAGGGCUUUAAUUAAUAUGUGGACAAAGUUGAGGAUUUCUGCAACUUAGGGAAUUCAUAGGAAUGAAAUGUGUAACAAUUCUUUAAGUGAAGAGCAUCUUUAUACAUGAGCUGCCAUUUAAACCAAAAAAGAAAAACAAAAAGCCCUCUUUGAACUUUAUUAAAUGUAUGAUGGUUCAAAUUCCCAAAACGUCUCAGCACUUUAUAAAAAACUGCAACUCCAGGCUCAAGUUAAGUAGAAAAAAACUACUAAUCAAAGUCUAAAAAAUUUUCUGUAUAUUUAAACAAAUACAGAAAAGAAUAACAUUUUAUUUAGAUAUUUGACUGCUCUGUUGUGUUUUCUGUAAGAUAACUUUCUGUAUUUCUUUACACUCUGAGAUGAAAAAUAACUCCUAUUUAAUUUAUUUAGUCUUUUGCAUUAAAACAUUCAAUUUUUAAAAUAUAUUUUGUCUAAAAUGUAUUAAAAUUAAAUCCUACCUUAAAAAUUCCCAAUUUUUAAUAAAAGUUAGAUUGUGUAAUGAACAUUCUUGUUCAUAAAUGCCCCAAAUGACCAGAAUUAAUACGUAACAUGUCUGUGUUUGCCUCAGACCAGACUUAUACUGGAAAAACAGUUUGACUCAGACUGAAUUGUGUUUGUAAAAGAAUUUAUCAAAGUUUGUUAAAUUAUGUCCCAAAUGCUACAAUAAAUGCUAGGAUGUAUUGCUAUAAGUACCAAUAUUGAUGGAUUGACUUUCAGCAAAGUGCAUCAAAACUGUAAACUUCCACAAACUGAUGAUUUUACAGAUGCGUCUCUGCUCUGCGUGAAGAUGGUACAGACAGACAAAACCAAAAAUCAAAACAAAUCAAAAACAGAAGUUGAUAAUAGGGCCAAAAUAUGAUCACAUCUGGGAACACUCAGCUGUUGUCUACACUAUCGCUGAGUGGUUGCCACAGAAACAGCUGAGUCACAGUGUUUUCCCUCACCGUGGCAACCGGCCACUUCCCCCUGUGGCCAAGACUAAAACAUCUAUUUAAGGAAAAUCUGAGCGACUGCUACUCGUCUCAGUUUCUUUAGGUGUGGUGUGUUCAUAGGACUCCUCAGAGCAUGGGAGGUUUUAAUCUUCCUCUUUCUGAUGGAUUCUCUAAGUCUUUCUUAUGAAGUGUCCUGAAGCUAUGAGCUGACUUUUAUCAAACUCCACAUCUCAUCAAAGGAUAAAUCAACAGUAGAUGACGAACAGCUUUUAAAAAACAUUUUGCACAAGACUAAGCGAGCAUCUUAAAUCACUUUGUUUGACUGCUCUGUGAACAUACCCGCUGUUUUGUUGUAUUUUAAGUAACCACAGGUAGUGCCAAGUCAAUCACAAAGGAAAUCUGAAGGCGUAUUCAGACUGAACGUGAUGUUAAUUUAAGAUGUGAGGUGAUUGCAUAUAAAGUAAAUGCAAAGACAUAGCUGCAAGUGUUCCAAUAUUUCAAUCAAACUUUAAUUUUGUAGGUUUGUUCAAUCCAAUUUAGUGCAGUUAACUGCAGUUUCCUGCAUCUUGAUCCAAAAUCAGGCCUUCAACAACCACAAAGCUGUGAGUAUCUGUGAGGAUUUGAUGGACCUAAAUUACACACUGCACAUAAGACUGUCAUUAGUAUUCACUGAAUCAUGUGCUCAUCCAUUUUUAAUCAGUAGUUCUACAGUUUUAGAGUGUUGAACAUGAGAAAUCUGUUUUUUACAUAACUAUUCACAUGGACAUCAGAACAGAAUCCAGUGGUGUAUCAAACACUGACUUCUGAGUUUAAUCAGAAACCUUGACCGGGUGUCUACCUGCCAGUUUGUCCAGCUAGCAUCUUCAAAUUUCUCAAAACCAAGAUCUGGUCUUUUCCAGGGUUCUGAAGUCAGGAUCUGAUGUUUACAUGGGAAGCACAUAACCAGGACACAUACAGUGCUACCAGUGCUCAGGUAAACACCCUCAUUGUCUAACACUGACUUUGUGCAGCUUCUACACAAUUCAGAUUCAAACAACACAGCAGCACAAUAUGAGCACCAGAAAUGUCAACAGUUUCUCAGUGGUUUUGGAAUUCAGGUUUAUGUCAGCAGGGAUGCUGUGGACCUCAUGACUCAGCCUGCCUCAUUUCUCUUUUGAUUCAUGGAAACUUAAACCUGUUUCUCAGGAUCAGUCACUUGUUGCCAAAGUGCUGAAUCCUUUUGUUUAUCACAACCACAGCUCCUCUCUUCCUCUUCCUCUUCACAAGCAGGAUUUCCCUCCUAGCUUACAGUCCACCAACACUGGAGAUUACUUUCCCUUAAAUCUCACCUCAGUGGUAUUUUCACAACUUGCCAGGCUGAUCCGUUAUAUCUGAUAAAGUCAAGCUUUCUUAUUAUCAAAUUAUUUUUAUGCUUUUUGAUGUUUAUCAAAGAUGUUGAUUUAUUGAACUGUCUGUACAAUCUUAUAUGUUGCUGUAGUUAGCACUAUAUGAAUGCAUGUAUUAAGUGUAUAGAUAAUCAGACAUCUCUGUGACUUUUUGAAACUUGAGUCUCUGCUGGAGUUAAUGUUUUAAGUUUUUAGUUAAUAUUCAUUUUACAGUGGUUGGUUAUAAGCUCAGCUGGAUGAACUUUAAAUAAACUUUAAUCAGGUCUGAACCAGUCAACAGGCUCCACAGCUGUCAGACCCUCACAAA